UAUAUACGUGGCUUUGCAUUUUAUUUCCACGGUCUUUAGUUUUCUCUCUCAAUAAUUUGUUUUCUCCACCUCCAAAGAAAUAAUUUUAAUUUAUAAUAUAUAUACAAAUUUCAUAUAUUAUACGACUAUAUAUAUAAGAUUAUUAUUUAUCUUCUUCUUCUUCCUAACAUAUAAAUUCCAACCCCAAUAAAAUAGGAAUGGCAUGAAAUUUUGAAGGCCAACUUCAAUUCUUUUUUUGUGCAGAUUCGUGAAUACAGAAAUUUUGUUGCUUCAUUAGACAAACAUAGAGAAAGUUGGAAGCUUUUGAGGAGAACUUAGAAAGGAAGAAGAAGAAUUAAAGAUGGGUUUCUUGUCACUCUUUGAAGUGGCAUCAAUGCCCAUUUUGCAAGUGCUGAUAAUCAGUGGACUAGGAGCAUUUUUGGCAACCGGAUACUGUAAUCUUUUGAAUGCAGAUGCUAGGAGGUCCUUGAAUAAGAUAGUGUACGUGGUUUUUACUCCAGCACUCAUGUUUGCAAAUCUUGCCAAGACUGUAACGUUGCAAGACAUCAUUUCAUGGUGGUUUAUGCCCGUUAAUGUAGGGCUAACGUUUUUAAUCGGAGGAAUCCUUGGAUGGAUUACAGUCAAGAUUCUGAAACCUGGGUUACACCUUGAAGGUUUAGUCAUUGCUUCUUGCUCAGCAGCAAACUUGGGAAACCUUGUUCUGAUCGUACUUCCUGCAAUCUGCAAUGAGGAUGGCAGUCCAUUUGGCGACGACCAUGCUGCUUGUUCUUCAAUUGGCCUUUCUUACGCCUCUUUCUCAAUGGCGCUAGGGGGGUUUUACAUAUGGACAUACACUUUUCACUUGGUAAAGAGUUCAUCCAUUAAGUUUAAGGCACUAAGAGCCGCGGAAGAGGAGGCGGCAAGGGAUCCAAACGACGACUUGGAAGCUGAUGUAAAAGCCCGUCUUCUCAACGGAGAGAGUGAAGGGUAUGAUGCAGAAAGCCAUCCUGUAUCACCUAAGAAGGAAAGCGAGCCCCUUUGGAGGAAGAUAAUCGAGUUUCUACACCUAAUAUUAGAGGAACUAAUGGCACCUCCUAGCGUUGGUGCAAUUAUUGGACUCAUUUUUGGAGCUACUACUUGGUUGAGGGGCCUUGUCAUAGGGGAUGGAGCUCCACUUCGAGUGAUACAAGAUUCCCUCAAAUUGCUUGGGGAUGGAACAAUACCUUCGAUCACCCUUAUACUAGGUGGAAACCUAAUACAAGGAUUAAGAUCAUCAAAAGUAAAGCCAACUGUGAUAAUUGGGAUCUUAUUUGUCAAAUACUUGCUGCUUCCUGUGAUUGGAAUUGGAGUAGUAAAAGCUGCUGAUACUUUUGGCUUCCUCCCACCAGACCCUUUAUAUCGCUUCGUGUUGAUGCUUCAGUUCACAUUGCCUCCGGCCAUGAGCAUUGGUACCAUGGCACAAUUAUAUGAUGUGGGACAAGAAGAGUGCUCAGUUAUAUUUCUUUGGACAUAUCUUUUUGCAGCACUUGCACUUACUCUCUGGUCCACAGUAUUUAUGUGGAUUCUAUCCUAAACAAAGAAUUAUAAGGGCAAAUGGUCCAUGCAGUCAAGUUAUCAGCAACUGGAAUUUUCGAAGUGACAAGGAAUUCGAAAUGUUGCAUAUUAUGAUAUUACUCUACAUCGCGGUUUAAUAUCAGGAUAGCCCUGUACUUUCGGCUCUAGUGUAAGUGCAAGCUUUUGAUACAAAAACGCGGUGGCUAUAUAUGUAAUGAAGAACAAUUUUGUCAAGUCCAUAUGUGAUUCUCUGUAAUCACACCUGUAUCAUUCUUUGUAGCCUUCUCUUUUAGAGGGGAAGGGUUGAUUUAUUGAAGUUAUGUAUCAUUGACAUAGAUAAUACUUCAUAUUGUAAAAUUGAAGGCCACAUUUGGGUCAUAUAUAUUUAUGUUAUAUACUAGGAAUUGGUUAUGAAAA